AUGAUUGGAAUCAACUUACGCCACAGAGAUCCCCCGGGAUUUCACAUUAGAGACGCCACUCUCGACGAUGUCGAGGCUCUGACACAGCUCUGGUACGACUCUUUCCACAGAUCCCACAAGUUCCUUCAUUAUGCCACUCCGGACGACGCGGAGACCCGUGAGUGGCUCAAUGAAGUCUGGACCAUGGGCAUCCAAGCAGGCCCUGAAGUCCUCAGGACAUUCGUCGUGGAAGACUUGAACGAGGGCGGAAGACUGGCAGCAUUCUGCCGCAUCCACGUUCCUCAACUGGAUGGAAAUCAAGACAUUCCAAUGCCGGAACUGCCGGCCGGACAUGACCUGGAGAUCGCUGACGCUCUCUGGGGAGGAAUGGCUAGAAACAGGGCUGCAAUAAUGGGCAAGCAGCUACACUGGAUGGGCGAGUUUCUCGGCGUCGACGCACCCUACCAAAAACGAGGCCUCGCUACUCCCUUGUUAGACUGGAUCUGCCAACAAGCCGAUGCCACCGGACUCGAGAUCUACAUCGACGCGACGGCGGUCGGAAUCCCUAUAUAUGAAAAGCACUACGGGUUUAGGCCGGUAAAACGGCUCGAGAUGCCAAAACGCCCAGGCAAAUAUGACUCUUAUGCAGUGGUGGCCAUGGUACGACCGCCCCUGAGACCGGUAUUUCGCAGCCGGCUAUGA